ACUUCAGGUGAAGGCGACUUGUCCGUUGUGCCAAAAACCGUUUCGCACGAUUGUGCACAACAUUAAAGAGAACUAUGAAUUCGAGCAGUAUCAUAUCUUCCAGCAUCUCCGCGUUCCACCUGGAGCCGGAGCUGCUCCUGUUCGAGGUAUAGCGCAGACGCCGUUUCCCUCUACCUCAGCUGAGCGUCGCAGUAUAUACGAGAUGGGGUAUUACGCUCGGCCAAAUGGCUACUCUCGUUAUAGGGAAGUUAGCGCCGAGUUCUACGACAAUAACCCAGCGCAAACGCACAGGUUAAUUCCGUGGCUCAAUCGCGAGUUAGUCGCACUUCUGCCGCCUCCGCAUGGUGUUUCGCUGGUUCUCGAGGUCAUUCUAACUAUGAUCUGUAGAGUCGACAUCCGUUCCAUGGAAAUGAGACAUAUGCUGGACCACUAUCUAGGACCAUAUACCUCACACUUCCAACAUGAAUUCUACUGUUUUGCUUCAUCUACACACGACAUGGUCAUGUAUGACAGAAACGUGGAGUAUGAGUAUCGGCCACCGUUGUCGUAUCAGGAAGCUGUAGAGAGACUGCGGCGCGCUUUUGAGCGUGACACUAGAGAGCGAAUCGAACGUGGUGUUGGUCAAGGAGCAGUACCCCGUUUAGGCGCAGAACCAGGAGCCGUAGGGCAGUCGGCCUUUCGGCCCUGGUCUCCUCAGCCCGGGCCAAGCAGGCUACCCCCACCGACGACGGGUUCUCCGCAACCGUCAACAUCGGGAACCCAACUGAAUUCGGCAAGCACAUCUGGAGGCCAGAGAGGCGCAUUAGUUAUUGUUUCAUCAUCUGACGAAACAUCCGAUGAUGACGAUGACUGCCAGAUCGUCAAGGUGAUUAAACCUUAUCGCGAGCGAACGCCAGUGCUUAUCGACCUGUGCAACUCGACUGAUUCAGAUUCAUCCGAAGCAGAUACAAUUCCGGCUGAAGGACCCAAUGAGCCCACUACCCUAGCAGACCCGGCUGAAUUGACCUCAGCUGAUGAAAGUACGAGUACUGAAGACGACGACAAUAGUGAUCCGGUCACUCGAGGAAGGCGGAAAAGCAUUAUUGGAGCCUAUUAUCCAGCAGGCACCUUAAAAGAAAGACUCACUUCAAGCGAUGACUCGGACGAUAGCAGAAAAACAGUUAAAACAUCCGCGGACACAAAACGGCAAAAAAAUGUAAGGGGUAAAGAGCUAGUGGCGCGAAGACAAAGUUCCAGAAAUCACUCAGACGAAAGCUCAAAUAAAACAAAGCGCCACAAGGAGGAGGAGGGGACUGCAGAAGAUGGACAACGAUAAAGUAAACCCGUCUGCGAUACCAUUCGCAUAAGCUCAUCGGACGGGUAUUGACAGCCGCCCUUCAUGUGUUGCAGCAUGCUGGUUUCACCUCUUCAGACGUGGCGUUGUUCUUUCGUCGCCUACGUUUUACCUUUUUACCUUCAACUGGACCUCUCUAGCGCACUUUACGCUGGCGUCUAUUAUCAGGUUUACCACGCGACCCAUGCAACAUAUGUGGCCGGGGUCCAUUCAGUGUGUAUAGACUUCGAGUUCAUAUGUUUAUUUAUUUUCAACAACGUAUUUAUUCCGCAACAUUUGGCAUUCAUGACCAACGCAAUACGUGACCUGCUUUGUUAUCUUCAACUAGCUGAGCGUGCCACGGCUGACAAGGCUCCUCUCUCGAACACCCAGGGACGGGAGAGAUGGAAAGGGGUUUGAUCAGCUGCGCGAAACGAUGGUGAGGUUACGUUAGAGUAAGAAAUGUGAAGUGACUAGGUCGCGGAAACGGAGUUAGGGAGCAAAUGACUAUGUUUGGGUAAGCAGACGGCGAAAGGGACGAAGUUAAGGAAAGAAAAAAGCCAACAAGAUGAAAUUUGAAACGUCCGCUUUAGCUAUUAUGGAACAAAGAAGAGGUAUUGCUAUCAUCCAGAAUCAUCUGGGGGCUGUCGGAGAUACGGGUAUUAGGCACUUGGUUACGGGUGAAGCUAGUAAGGCCCGAGUGGGACCAGACGUCAGAGGGCGACUUUGUUUUAUUGGUUUCCAUUCGAUUGCGGGACAAUAUACCAUUGUCGCUUUAGUUAGCAUUCCAGCCGAAUGGAUGUUGACCUGAAGGGGAUGAAUGGAGGAGGGGUAAGGGCAAUGGAAGCAAGACAGAGCGAGAGAGAGAGCUAGAGGGUGCUUGUGCGAUCGGAAGCUGCUUCGGCACAGAUCGCCCCUUUAUUUUGCAAUCUUGCACUGACGGUGGUUACGGCGUGGGUGGCAGUGGUGGUUUAUGAGGUCACGCUUUUUGGUCUGCUUGACACGUAAUGGGGAGAAACGGCGAAAGAAAACAAAAAUCAGAAAGGGUCACUCCUAUAUUCAUUCGGAAAGGUAACCCAAUGUUACGACCCCGUAGACCUUGAAUGACUUUAUUAUCAUAUCAAGGUAUCGUUUCGGUUUUAUUGGUUUCUGUUAUCUUUUAAACGAAAUCGCAGGUUUCGAUAGCGGGGUUCAUUCUAGCAACGCUAUAUAACGGGACUGCAACCCUAAAUUAACUAGAGUCAACAAGAGCAACAGCUUCAUACGUAUCGAUUUAUGGGUAACCUUUACUGCGUCAAUACGUAGCAGCAAAAGUCGGUAUUAUAUUAAAGUAUUUAUAUUAUAGUGUUUGAGCCACAGUGUUGGUGUCAGACCUGUGUAGCAUAAACUGUCAAAUAUAUAUGUUAAAUAGAGGCUAAAUAUGCCCAGAAAAGCGCCUUACUAGACGACGGCAUUAAACAAAACACGUGUUGACCGCAGCUUUAUUCAUUGGCUUGAAAAAAUUAACCCGUUUUUCAUAACUGUGUACCAUGCUAAAUUCGUGUACCAUAAGUUACUGCAAAAUUUCGUAAGGUGUACCCGUCUAAUGUCACCUAAAUAUAAAAUGUAAUUGUAGAAUCAAUGCGCAAUCAGCACACGUCAAAAUAUCAAUCACGUACGUCUGUUUUUUAAAAGAAAAAUAAAGACUCGGUUGCCUAUUCUCAAAACUUACAGGACGAAAGGGCACAGCCAGUCUUGAGCACAAACCAGAUUUUGAUCAAGUCUUGAUUCGUUGUCCUUUGUUAACUGCAUAAUAAUAAUAAAACAAUGAUUCCGUGGCAAAUAGACGAUAUUAAAAUAAUAACGCUUGUGAAUCGACUGACUCACUGCAAUGGUAUUCAGCAAGAGCUCAGUUCAUGUGUCUCUUCAGUGACAUGUAGUAGAAAAAGAAAUAUCGCACAAUCUACAUAUUUUCUAUAUUACUAGAAGCCGACGCCUUUGCCCAUUGCUCGAAAGACUAGAAGCAUGUUGUAGAAGACGAAAGAAAGCUUAAUACCAAUUACCGAGAGAAAGUAAAUAACGCAAACAACAUUAUUAUUAUUCAGUGUAUAGAGGCGUGAGAAAGGGAGAGAAAACUGAAAGGGUUAAAGCAAUGCUGGGCAAAGUCCUCGUGAAAUCUAGCAUUUUACACGAACCGUAUUGAAUACAGCAUGUCAUUUAAGAUUUUAGUCGUAUUUAAAUUUCUUAUCGCAAAUGUUACAAGGAAUUUAAUCAUAAACGCCACAAUCCGUAUUUGUGUCCUUUCCAAUACUGGAGCUUGUUUACUUAUGUAGCGGCCGUUCAAAUGGGUUGGUGGGCAAAUAUUAUCAAAUGAAGUACUAGGCCUUUAUUUAUCAGGUGACAUGCAUAAUUUAUUUAUAUAUUAUUUGCUGGUCGAUUUUGGAACGCUAAAGUCAUUCAGGUUCAAUUAGAUAGCCGAACAUUUUGCAGUAAACAAUGUUCUGCUUUUCUCACGGUGAUGCUACGUGAAAAAAGUAGAUGUUGCUUUUCUUGGCCUGCAUACGACGUGCAUCCAGAACGAAAAAAGUAUCUAUGACAAGAUGAUAAGUUAAUUCUUUUUUUCUUCAAAGAGAGAGUGCUUGACUGUGUAAGUGCUUUUACGGGCGUCAUGUUCUUUUUUAUGGUGCUUUCACCUGAUUUUUGCUUCAGCGAGCUUUCGAUAUGCGCAGUAUCACUAUCCUAGAAGUGCACAUUCUCGCCGCAUCCAGGUUCCUCAUUCUGUAUUAGCAGCAGGCAUCGGAAAAACAACAACAUCCUAAAAAUCGGCAACGGGGUUGUCGCCAACAACAACAACAACAACAACAACAUUGUUGGAUCGACCUGUGGAUCUGUGAUGAGAUAGCAAGUACAUCCUUUAGCGCCAUUACUUCGUCCGCUGUAUCUUCCCUCCUCUCUUCUUCCCACAUACAUUGCUCGGUCUGUUCUGAAUAAUCGGAAAAAAAACAGACGAGCGUGCGGACCGCACUUAAUGCAUAAAAAUAUAUUGAUGCUCGGCUGCUGAUCGGAAAGCGAUACGCAGAACAUCCGAAAGAACGCCGCGCACGAAUCUUGUUCUCAUCAAUGGCACAAAGCCUACUCCCCAUCCAUAGGCAGAUUGCGAUAUAUCGAAAAUGUUUAAUUGCCUACAUUAUAUUGAAGGUAAUUAAUUAUGAAAUAGCCGAAAUGACUUUUUUCAAGGGUAAAGUUUGCUCCUUGGCACUAUUCGGGGCAACGCGUCGAAAGGCCGACGUAUCCACGUUAAAGUCUGACUUUUAAUAUCACUUGAAUUCGCUAUAGUUUACAAAAGUGGUGAAUAAGGCGAGGAUUAUAAAAUAUGGUAUCAAGGUAAGCAUGGACGGUUUCAAAAAGUCAAGCAUAGUUUUUAUAUUGUCUUUAGAAUUGAAUAAACAUUGAGGUGCUUUUGCCCCUACAAAGAUCUAGGACCCCCCAGUGACAAAAAAAAAGGUCUUUCUCUCAGGAUUUUGUAAUCCCGAGGUGAAUGGUGUUGUUAAACGCCUUGUUUACAAAUUUCUCAGCCCCUCAGUGUUGUCUGAACGAGCAGAACUUUGAGAGAGCACCAGAUGAUACGAUAGUGUUACGAAACGGAAACGUUAUUCCACUAUUUAAUCGCUAUUUGACUUUCGGUCAGCUAGUAUAAUUGAUAUUCCCGAACCGACUACUAUCCAAUUAUUCACCUUGACUUCGUAGCCUAGUUAAUUAACCGGUCACAACGUGAUAGCUGAUAGCAAACUGUUAACUUUCGUCAUGGACGAUACGGUUGCGCAAAUCACAAUAAGACCUCACUUAUAAAGAAAAAAAUUACCUCAGAUCUCAGAUAAGCGAACAAACGUUACUUGAACUAUUUCGCUGUUUGAGCAGACACCGUUCUGUAUCACAAAGUGAGCACGGUUCAUAUUCAAUAAAUUGUCUUUCAAGGGUAAAAACUAAAUGAAAACUUUAUAAUCCAUUGUGGGACACUUUAGGAGAGGGGGCGGUAAGUGCUGAUCGCGGGUGAGUACGGUGAUUGACAGAACGCAAGGAGCCUUACUAAUCAACGUAGAACGAUUCGUACGGCUAACCUCUAUGUUUCGGGUUUUACAUCCGAGAUCGUCGUUAGGCGUAAUUCCAUCAAAUGGCUGGCUGGCUGGCUGGCUGGUUCGUAGCGCGUGAGGAAGUCUAUGUAUGCCCAAGUUCGAAUCUAGAGGACAACGUGUCCGUAAGAUCAGCAGAGAGAUACUUCACUUACUAAACUAUCACGCAAACAUCUGAUGAACCAGUCGAAUAACGAGCCUGUAACGAAUAGUUCUCUUACUUACUUACCAACAGAAGAAAUUAGUUUUGUUUUAUUAAGCUAUUAAUAAAUGCAAAUGUAAUACUUCAUUUUGAAGUUCGACUUGUUCUUCAAUAUCCCAGCGAGACUGUAAUAUCAUUCCUGCGGCUGUGCUAAAUCUUUCGCGCGUUGGCCCCCGCCGCUAGGAAUUCCAUCAAAAAGCUGACUGCGUGCACGACACAAACUGUGUACGUCGGGAUUUGAAUUUAUUCUAAAUGGAAUACUAUAAAAAAAAAGACAUGCUCUAUUCUAGGGUAUGUCUUUAAGAUUAGCGGGUAAACAGAUUCCCCACUAAGCUGUUACGGAGACACACGCGUGCGGUAGCAAAUUGUAGGGUGUAGUGCCACCAUAGAGCGGCCACUCACUUAAGACACACACAGUGUCAGCCUGAGAAUUUACUUGCUUUUGUACACUGCUACUAAAUGUUGUUCGCUAAUAUCUUUAGGCAGAUCAAUGACAUUAUCAGUACUGAAGCCUCUAAAAAGAAUCACUGGAAAAUCAUUUUUAAUUUAAAUAAAAAGUAAAUUUAAGGAAUUUGGAAGGGGAUCUGAUUAACGACAGAUUCUGGAAACAAGAUUAAGUAAAUAGGGGCAAGAGUUCACGGGCCAGUCUGGCCCUAAUGGAAUAUUUGAGUAAGAGUUACGAUGCGUUACUGCCUAACGGUGCGUCCGGACUUUAAACUAAAAAUAUUGUGUUCGAAUACUAAUAAUUUAAGUUUGUUUCUAAUGCUCCUUUCCCUUGUUACCAUUCCGUUGUGUACGUUUAUAUAUCGUUUGAAAGUGCACUCCCUGUAAGCCCGUCGUAAUUUCGUUGUACAAUGAACGGGAUUUUAUGUCAGGUUUAGGCUCCAAAAAUGAAGGUUCUACUCCUCUUCGCCUUUUACAGAGGUCAAAGAUUGAUAUAGCAGUAUGGGAUAUUUGUACGCUGUGCGACGAAAACUAUAACUGAAAGAACUGCUAAAACAGAUUUGCGAAGUUCAAAAGUGAAACAUCAGACUUGGAGAAUGCACCCCAACUUAGUUCGCUAUACGAAGUCAAUGAGGAUUCUGAGUAGCAAAAAAAUUCAUGAAAAACUGCACAGCAGACUGUUAUUAGGCAUUUUUUAUAUAAUUUUAUAAGAAUUUAGAAGCUUGGAUGUCUCAUAUACUGGAUAAAGCGCAGAAGGAGACAACGCAUAACAUCAAAGAACAUGCAACCACAAUGACAGCAUAGUAACACAAAGUGAUGUCUCUACGUCGACAUAAAGCGAAGUGGAAAAAAAAAUGGAUAGUCCUAAUAGAUACACCUAAGGUCAGAGUAAAACUGAACCUUUAUCCUGAAAGGAGAUGGCUUAGUUAGAGAAACGUUUGAAAUGAACAAGAUGGUCAACAGGACUCGGUACGUGGCCUCAUCGUAUCGAUUUAACAGGAUUAUCGAACGGAAAAGACUCGACAGAAGGAACAGAGUCAUGCUUUUUUUUUAUGACCUUUCCUGGCAACGACUAUAAAGAUUACCUUGUAGGAGCGCUUAAAUGGUACCCCAUUCACUAUAUUUUUUAGGCUUCGCUCGCACAGAUCAUGGAACUUCUCCGAUCACUGGCAAAUGCAACUCGCAAUCGUUCAUCGGACAGCAAAAACACUACAACACGUGUGUGGAGGAGUUUUUCGGCACUAGACCUGGAAAUGUUUGGCGAUAGGAACAAAUCCGUUAAAAGAUAGGAAAAAGUCGCGAGAUAAUGUAUUAAUUUGUAACUAGAACUCGGGUGAUGCGCGACUUUUUUUUUUAGCUAAAAACAAUGAAAUUAUGUUUGCUCCAGCCUGAUAUAUAUAUAUAUAUACAUUCGUGUAUGUAAGCAUUAAGUGAGUGCAACUAAAACUGAGCGAGGUAGAACUGAUCAUUCUGAGCUUUCCAGCUUGGCCAAUAAUAGACCAAUAAUAACAAUAGAGAAAAUUAUUACCGGCUGCGAUAUUUCGCUAAAACGUAUAAUGGUUGAUGUUCCAGAUUUAAAUUAGCUCGUUUGAGCUUAAAUGUUACCAAAAAUUAUCAAUAAUGCGGUAGAUUUUCACAUCAAAACGCGUCAACUACGCCAUAUAUACAGAUUUAAUGUAAUAUAUAUACAUAUAAUUAUAUAUACAUAAACCUGAGAAAUUGCGUAUUGUAAGUGUGCGUGACAGUGGUUGCUGUUAUUUGUACAGACAUUUAAGCCGAGAGAGUUCUGCUAGGUAGAAAAAAAAGAAAAGCUCGCGAAUGAACUAAAAUUUAUCACUUGUCGUGGUUAAACUGUACCUGAGCGAAGUGACUUCCGCCAACAAUAUGUGCGACUGCCGAAUUUCUACGAUGCUCGCGGGGAAAUUUAUUUGUUAUUCGUUCUACUGCCGGGUAACAUAUUAUUACUAUAUGAACAAGAACGUCAACGUUCGUAUACAUAAACAACUAUAUAGCAUUUCGAAAUACGCAGGCACUUGCGUGCAGAUACACGCCCGUACAUAUCUCUGCGCAAAAUGUUUACUUUUCCCACUAACAGAAGUAAAUUAAAUUGCUCUACCGGAUAAUUGCAUAUAAUUUAUUCUUCAAAUGACUUGAACACACGCGGCAGAUGUGUCACGGUCGCUGCCACCAGCGCUACCCGUCUCGAGGGCAAUCAGAGACAACGAAACUCUCAUGAACUACCGAAGAUCUUCAACCGACACCUCGGAAUUGUGUAACUUCGGGCCAAACGUGUGGGUCCUUGGUCUGGCUGCACCGCGAGUUGGAGAGACAGACAGACUAAAUCGAGUCGGGAGCCCACUCGUCCGGGCAACUGGGUAGUAGAAAAUGGUUAGGUGCGGAGAGAGUGCAGAGAGGAAGCACUUCGGCGAAGUGUGGAAACAACGACAGAGAGUGGGGCUACGCUUGGGGGUGGUGUGGGAGAAAAAGAUAUUGGUCGCUCCACUAUUUCGUAUCGUUCGUAGCACUGUCGACCAUGUCCAUUAGACGAAUAGAGACGGGACGAAACGACAUUGCAAACGCUUGCGAAAGGAGAUUCGGACGCUCAGAGGAAAAGAGACAAAGAAAAACGCAACAAAAAGGUGAACGAACGAAUGUUGAAUGGAAGACCGUACGAAAGCACGACUGAUAAAAAGCCGUGGAGAAAUAGUAACAGCGGCAGCACUAGAGGACAAGAACAGCAUAGCUAUAGAUGGCCAUGCUAGAAAUCCUCACCCUGCCUCUGUUAUCAUAGUGGACCGAAGGAAAAGAUGUGGUUCUUAGUUACAAUUCCCGCCCUGUAACUGCAGUAGCGGCUCGACCAGAGAUUGCCAUUCCCAGACUCCCUGUCCAGGAUUGACGUCGAUUGUGGUAGUGGAUGGGUCUUAGUUGCCCUAUCUCCUAAUGAUAGCGGUAAGAGCGCGUGCAUUGUCCUAGUACUGACAUUUCUCAUUGUGACGUAGCUGCGUGACUGCUUUGCCACAGUAUCCGUGCAGCGCGACGUUCCGAAAAGCAUGAAACAAGACUCAUUUACGCCAAAGCGUAGGAAAAAGCUCGGGCUUUCUUUCGGGCAGCAGUACUAAUGAGCUACAUUAGCUUUACGAUGACGAUUGCUGCAGCUCGCAAAAAUGGUCAGUAGGAGCAAAGCGAGAAGGGAACAUCAAGAGUACGCAAGCAUCGCGAACCUAGAAAGGUCACCUGCGCGCUUUUCCUCUUAGAGGAAGUGCACCAUAUCAAAGUGAUAUGGUGUGCAACAAAAGCUUCAUCUUUCCUUACGCGCAAAGUGGUCUUUUCCAACUAGGAAGACUUUUAUUGUUGACAGUACGUAAAUAAAUGCUUCUGUGAAUAAAAAAAAAACCGGCGCGCAGGACACUACCAGCUUUUUGAGAAAUUGCAGGAUCGUUUUGCAGAUUCCUGCUUGAUUAACUUACUAUAUAUAUAUAUAUAUAUAUGGCUUUAUCACAUAAUAUACGUACAUUGAUAACAAUUGGAUAUACUGAUAUGAGUAUAAUAUAUAUAAGAUAUAUGGGUAUAAUACGCUGUACUAUUACAUAUAACGGCUUAAUGAGCCGGACUAAAGCUAAAGCUUCCUGAAGUCGUUAAACUGGAACUCACUCAAGUAUUUAAAACAUGCCAGUGAUUGCAUCAUAAGCCAUGCUACUGCCAUUCUUCGAUGUGUUAUCGAGCCAGGCUGCCUACUAGCAGCAACUUGUUAGCACCAAAAAGCAUUAUACAUAUGAUAAGCUUGUUUACACCCAGUACAUACAAUAUUCAUCAAAAUCAUGAAAUUGUUGUUCUCCGUGUCGGCUGUGGCAGAAACCACAAGGGCCUAGCGCUUUGCUGCAUAUCUAUUAAAAGGGUUUCGUCGGUCGUGGUGGAGUUCAGGAUCAACCUUUGAAAAUUUUUAAUUCUCUUUUGCUGAAUUUUCUCGGAAAGCUGGAGUUAACAAUAGCUGACGUGGCGAAGGAGGUCCUCGACGAACGGUAGCGUCCCCGCUAGUAGGUAGACAAGCCUGUUAUGAGUUCUUCGGUUCAAUUUUAUGACUCUAUUAAGGAGCGAGGCUCUUGUCCGAUUCAGCUGUCCGAGAUUCUGUGCGGUAAUAAAUAUCUUUAUAGUUGAGGUCAGUUUCACGAAUAAUUACCGAAUGUGCCACUCGAUUCUUAGGUUUCAUUUAAAAGUACUACCGUUUACCUCAGCCGACCAGCUUCGAAUGAAGGGAUCAAUGAAUAUCGUUACCUAUAUGUACGUACUCUUCGUAUGCAUACUUACAUUAUUAUUGGCGUUUUUUAUUAAGGUUGAUUAAGUCAAAAAAAAAAUGGCUUCAGUCCUCUAUCGAAUAAUUAAUGUGCUUCAGAUUUCGCUACCAAUAACAAGCACACAAGUUCGCAAAGUUAUACUGACCGGGAUUUCUAGAAAGUAUUUCGCUAGCUCGAAUUUAAAGAAGCCCUUUUUAGCAAAAUAAACCUUGACUAAAAAAUCAAUAGACAGAAUUUGAGCCUUAGUGGGGCUAAGAGUGCAUGUAAAAACAUCUAUUGAUGUCGUAGAGGCUAUGUGAACCUCAAUACUAAGGUUAUUUACAGUGAGUCGGCGUUUUCAGUUAAAUAUACCGUUGAUCUAUUAAAUAGUACUGGGCUGUUUGCUAAUUUCAUCGAAGCACUCUUCCCCUCAUUUUGGAAGCUUCAGCUUGUUUAAACUUGCUCAGUUGGUGCUUCCACGUAAACUGACAAUGCUUCAUUCUAUCAAAGGCCUCGUCGUUGAGCUCUGCCGGAGUUCCUUUAAAUGGCUUCGGCUAAGCUUACGACAUCCCGGAAGCAGAUACCUUCGGAAAAAUUGACUGUUCAGCGGGACUGGUGUAACGUUCUGCUUACUGAAAGUCAUACUAUCCUAUCGAACUCAAAAACUAGAUUUUGGGUUAAAACAUCGCGUAUUCCAGUUUUACAUAAACCUAAGUGCCAUUCAACUGGAUGAUAGGGUUAUCGCAGCCGAUCGGGAUCAGUUGCGAAAGUAUGCGGCACUCUUCAUGUUCUGUUUAUUGAUGUACUACAAGCUGGCCUGGUAUCUCUAACUAGGUGACUUCCGGCCGUGUUUCAUUAUUUUGGAAAGCGAUUAUAGAUUAUUAAAGAGCGUGUCCUAUGUUUGUAUUAAGACCGAAAUAAGGCGCUCAAUGAUGCAGAAAGGGGGCCGGGCUGCGACGAAGGGUAGCUCAUAGAAAUAAUAGCAGUCUGUCCCUAACAAAUGAGAGGGUCUUAAAAACCCUCAUUUUAGGUAGCCUGUCACGGCGAGUAGGGUUCAGAACGUGAGAAAAAUAAAACCAUUCAUGCUUGAUGACCACAUAGUUGUUUUCACGGAACUCGCAUAAGAAUCAGAAAUUUCACAUAUGUCAGGCCAUUUUAAAAAGUCAUUUAGAAGCUAGAAGGCCUGCAGCAGAAAAUAUGGUGAAAAUUUGCAACACAUGAAUAUCAGUUAACAACUUGUCCGGGACGAUCUAAAAUUUGUUCUAAAAAAGCAUCAUUACAGGUGACCGUACGUGGGUGUACGGAUAUAACAGGAAGGCGAAAGCACAGUCGUCCGGCGAACCCAGACGGACAGAAAAGCAGAAUCUAGGUUAAAAUAGUACCUUUUUUUGAUUAUUGAGAAUACUGUGCACUGUAAAUUCAUGUCGAAUAAUGUUACUGUUACUAAAGAGUAUUACCAAGAAGUUUUCAUCUCGGUAAUGCCCCAACUGACGCGUUGUUUCUUGUAUCCUAUAUUUUUACAGAUAGACUUGAUAUUUGGGUUGCCUAAACCCCAUAUUCACCAGAUCUAGCCCAUGGCGAGAUUUUCUUUCAUCUAAAGUAGAAAACACGUGAAGAAAACGCUUUGGGUUUACUGGCAUUUCCAAAAAAAGAAACAACGAAAACCAUACUGAGGUCUAUUUUCAUAAUUGAGCUCUAAAACUGUUCUAACGACUGGAAAAAACUAUGGCAUAGACGCAUUGAAGUCAGAACAAA